GUAAGGAAGGAAGGAAAAGGAGAAAAAGGCGGAGAGGGAGAAAAAGUCCUUCAGUUCCCAUGGAAGGCCACAAACACAAAAACAAAUAUCAACAGAAAGGAAUCAGGAUUGGUAACAUUGAAAAUCCAAUAACAUAGAAAGGAAAGAGUAUCCACAUAAACAAUAAUACAUCAUCACCUGCAACUGCAAGUUACAUAGACGACUCCCACCUUCUUUUCUUUACCUUUUCGUUUUGGUCUACCACUCUUCUCCAUAUCUCAUAUCUAUCAAUUUCCUUUCUCCUCGCCCAGGGUUUUUCUUUUUCUUUUUUUACUGUAGAACCGGAAAGAAAAGGAAGGGUGUAGAAUUGGAUCAAGGCCAGACAAUUAAUCUAUUAUAUAUCAGAUCACUCGGUUCAGAGAAAAACAGAGAUGUCGUGUUCAUCGUCGUCAGGUUCGGAGGAAGAUGAUGAGGGAAUGGAGUCGUACAGGAAAGGAGGGUACCACGCCGUCAGAGUUGGGGAUCAGUUCGCGGGUGGCCGCUACAUCGCUCAGAGAAAGUUGGGUUGGGGUCAGUUCUCCACCGUCUGGCUCGCCUACGACACUCGAACCUCUGAAUAUGUGGCUCUCAAGAUCCAGAAAAGUGCAGCACAAUUUGCUCAAGCUGCUCUUCAUGAGAUUGAAAUCCUCUCAGCUAUUGCCAAUGGUGAUCCCUCAAAUUCCAGCUGCAUUGUGCGACUCAUCGAUCACUUUAAGCAUACGGGCCCAAACGGGCAGCAUGUAUGCAUGGUCCUUGAGUUUCUUGGUGAUAGCUUACUCCGGCUGAUCAGGCAUAACCGAUACAAAGGCCUUGGAUUGAAUAAAGUUAGGGAGAUCUGCAAGUGCAUUUUGAUAGGUCUGGAUUACUUGCAUAGAGAACUUGGUAUAAUCCACACUGACCUAAAACUUGAAAAUAUUCUUCUCUUUUCCACCAUUGAUCCUACCAAAGACCCAGUUAGGUCUGGGCUAGCACCAAUUCUUGAAAAGCCUGAAGGGAAUCCAAAUGGUGGAAAUACAAUGAAUAUCAUUGAAAAAAAGUUGAAGAGAAGGGCUAGGAGAGUCGCUGCAAAGAUAUCGGAAAGAAAAGCUUCCAUGGGAGGAGUGGUAGUUGAAGGAGCUGAAAAAUCACAGAAAAACCUGGAUGGGAUUGAUGCGAGAUGCAAGGUUGUGGAUUUUGGAAGUGCAUGUUGUGCCGAUAAGCAGUUUGCAGAAGAAAUCCAAACUAGGCAGUAUAGAGCUCCUGAAGUUGUACUACGAGCAGGCUAUUCCUUCUCUGUUGAUAUUUGGUCAUUUGCUUGCACUGCCUUCGAACUUGCAACUGGGGACAUGAUGUUUGCUCCCAAGGGUGGACAGGACUUCAGCGAGGAUGAGGACCACCUUGCUCUAAUGAUGGAACUCCUUGGAAAGAUGCCUCGAAAGGUAGCCAUUGGAGGAGCACAAUCCAAGGAUUACUUUGACAGACAUGGUGAUCUAAAGAGGAUUCGGAGGCUGAAAUUUUGGCCACUUGAUCGGUUGCUGGUUGAGAAGUACAAUUUUUCAGAGAAGGAUGCUGGGGAGUUUGCAGAGUUUCUUUGCCCCCUUCUCGAUUUUGCACCAGAGAAGCGACCAACUGCUCAGCAGUGUCUGCAACACCCAUGGCUCAAUCUCAGGAAUUCAACAGAGGAUGAGAUGAAAAAUGAAGCUAAUCUGGGAAACGUGAAUGUUGGGAUGAGCAACCUGGAGAUUAAGAUGGGUUAAGUGAACAGGGCAUGAAAAAUAUUGGUACAGCCACACUUUUUUUGCAGAGUCCCUCCCUUCAUCUGUAUGACUGACUAUUGAUUUUUUUUUUUUUUUUUUUUGUUACACUUCUAAUAAGAUUUAUUUUUCUAAUAAGAU